AUGGCAACCCAUCUAGGGGUUACUAUCUCUGCAAUUGUGGUUCUGGGAUUGCCUCUAUACCAGCUCGGUAUACCAGACCUACACCAGCUCCAUACGAUGGGUUGGGCGUCGAUUAUUAGGACCCUGGCGUAUUAUACUGUUUACCCUCUUGUAUUCUUUUCAAGUAUAUUUAUUUCUACCCUGAGGUUCCUAGCAGCACCACUGAUCGAACUUUCAUCCCACCUGCUGUACAUCAGUCUUCUGCCGUGGCGUAUGUCUACUAAACUCGAGCCUCUGUACAAAUUCUUCGGUGUUGCUGCAGUAAUCGGUGUAGCUACAGGCUGGGCUCUCUACCUCUUUAGUACUUACGUUUUCCUUUUGCUUAAUCUGUCUCCCAGUCCCCGGGCUGUUUCAAGCCACUGGAAAAAGCAUGGGCAGAGUCGGACAGGCGGGUUCUCUGCGAAAUCAGACUGGGCCACGCAGUUCGUCAAUAACAGUGACAACAAGGAUGAUUUCCCGUGGAGGCCGACGAGAGAGUCAACUCUUGAUGAUCCUCCUGAACUGUCCGGCCUCAGAUAUCGUCGUUCAAUGGCUACCAAGAUGUCAUCAUCGUAG